UAUUUUAUCGUAUCGUAUUAAUAAUUAUAAGAUAUUUCUGAGUCAAGCCCAUCGAUGUUAAUCAAUUAAGUUAAAGUGAGGAGUAUAUUACAAUUACAGUCUCUAGCAUAACUCACAGUCUCUCACUGAACUUAAUACAUUGCGCCCACGUCGUUUAUGAAUUUAUACAGAAGAAGCCAUUAUAGUAUUUUUAUCAUUUAUAAUCAUUAUAAUUAUCGUGAAUUAUUUUGUACAUAAGUACGUCGGAAAGUAUUAAUUUAAUUAUCAAAGGAAAGAAAUAUUAAUAUUGACAUAACUUUGUCUAUAAAAAGAAUAAUUUUUAUAGAAUAAUGAAGCGUUCUAUAAAUGGGACAGUAAAUACCAUACAUGAUACGAAUUACAAAUUGAAGAUACGCAAUGGGGGAAUUUCAAAUGAUGAAUAUAAGCAGCUUACAGCGAAUACUCUUGUUUUUUAUGUAAAUGGAAAAGAGGUAUUAGAUGAUAAGAUAGAUCCUGAAUGGACUUUACUGUGGUAUCUUCGCAAUAAAUUACACUUAACUGGAACCAAGUUAGGAUGUGCCGAAGGUGGAUGUGGAGUAUGCACGGUUAUGAUUUCAAAAUACAAUCAUAGAACCAAAUCUAUUGUUCAUUUGGCAGUAAAUGCAUGUUUAUUUCCAAUAUGUGCUAUACAUGGUUUGGCAGUAACCACAGUGGAAGGAAUUGGUAGCAUCAAAACAAAAUUACAUCCUGUUCAAGAACGAAUAGCUAAAGCACAUGGCUCUCAAUGUGGUUUUUGUACACCUGGUAUCGUUAUGUCUAUGUAUACUCUUUUGAGAAACACACCAAAACCUACAAUGAAUGACUUAGAAAUUGCAUUUCAAGGUAAUCUAUGUAGAUGUACAGGAUAUCGACCAAUUAUAGAAGGAUUUAGAACUUUCACUGAAGAAUGGGAACAAGCACAGUUGGCAAAUCAAAUACCUAAAAACAAUGGAUGUGAAAGUGUUUGUUCCAUGGGAGAUGCUUGUUGCAAGAAAGCAUUUUCAUCUGAACCUACAGAGAUUUUUAAUUCUGAAGAUUUCUGCCCAUAUGAUCCUUCUCAGGAAAUAAUAUUUCCACCAAAAUUACAAAUCUCUUCUUAUCUUAAUGAGCAAUACUUAGUAUUAAAAGGUAAAAAUGUAACUUGGUUUAGACCUAUAAAUUUAACACAACUACUUACUCUCAAACAUGAGUAUCCAUCUGCCAAAAUUGUAGUUGGAAAUACAGAAAUUGGUGUGGAAGUAAAAUUCAAACAUUUCCUAUAUCCAAUAAUUAUACAUCCAACACAAAUAAAAGAAAUGCAUGAGAUUGUAGAAUCGAAUGAUGGAUUAAUAAUUGGUGCAAGUAUAACUUUGAAUGAAUUACAAGAUACUCUUAAGCAUUAUAUCGAAAUAAAACCAGAUUUUCAAACAAGAAUUUUUACAGAGAUAGUAAAAAUGUUACAUUUUUUUGGUGGUAAACAAAUUAGAAAUGUAGCUGCUGUUGGUGGAAAUAUAAUGACUGGUAGUCCUGUAUCAGAUUUAGUUCCAAUAUUUGUAGCUGCUGGUGCAAAAUUAGUUUUGCAUAGUUUGAAAAAAGGAUCCAGAACAGUACUACUAGAUGAAAAUUUUUUUACUGGUUAUCGGUGUAAUAUCGUAGAGUCCGAAGAAGUUCUUAUUUCAAUUCUAAUUCCUUUUUCUUAUAAAAAUCAAUAUUUUAUUGCUUAUAAACAAGCAAGGAGGCGAGAUGAUGACAUAGCAAUAAUGAAUAUGGCUUUUAAUGUAUUUUUUAAAGAUCAGACUCGUAUAAUAGAAAAAGCGUAUUUGUCCUUUGGUGGAAAGGCUCCAACCACUACCAUGGCUACUCAAACAUGUCAAAAUAUGAUUAACAGAAAAUGGGAUGAAAAUAUAUUGGAGGUAGUAUAUGAUUCAUUGCUUAAAGAAGGCAAUUUAUCAGACAAUGCUCCUGGUGGAAUGGUCAUGUAUCGUCGUGCUCUUACACUAAGUUUGUUUCUCAAAGGAUAUUUACAUAUAACUAAAUGUUUAUCAAUGAAUUCGUCAAAUAUAGAACCACUGCCAAAUGAAAUAAUAAGUGCAUCAGAAUGUUUCCAUUAUAAACCACCAAAAAGUUCACAAUAUUAUCAAAUUGUACCUAAAGAACAAGCUCAUACUGAUUUAUUAGGACGACCAAUUAUUCAUACUAGUGCCUUUAAACAAGCAACUGGUGAAGCAAUUUAUUGUGAUGAUAUGCCUUCAGUUAAUGGAGAAUUAUAUUUAAGUCUUGUAGUGUCAACAAGAGCACAUGCAAAAAUUUUGAAAAUUAAUCCAUCAAAAGCUCUUGAUAUGGAAGGAGUUGAAGCAUUUUUCUCCGCAAAAGAUAUUCCUGAUGAUAGACGUUGGGUUGGACCUAUUAUAUAUGAUGACGAAGUAUUUAAAUCUGACAAGGUCACUAGUCAGGGACAAGUUAUAGGUGCAAUUGUUGCAGUUGACCAAGCUACCGCACAAAAAGCUGCAAGAAGUGUUAUUGUGGAAUAUGAAGAUAUACAACCUGUAAUUAUAUCUAUAGAGGAUGCUAUUAAACAUAAUUCAUUUUUCUCUGAUUUUUCGAAACGUAUUAUUAAAGGAGAUGCAAAAAAAGCAUUUGCAGAAACUGAUUUUAUAUUGGAAGGUGAAAUACAUACAAGUGGACAAGAACAUUUUUAUUUGGAAACAAAUGCUGUUAUUGCUAUACCAAAAGAAGAAGAUGAACUAGAAAUAUUUUGUGCAACUCAACAUCCUUCUGAAAUACAAAAGCUCGUUGCUCAUGCCUUAAAUGUACAUAUAAAUAGAAUUAAUGUCCGUGUUAAGCGAUUAGGAGGUGGUUUUGGAGGAAAAGAAUCUCGUCCAUAUAUGAUUGCUAUACCAGCUGUACUUGCUGCGCAUAGAUUACGCAAACCUGUGCGUUGCAUGCUGGAUAGAGAUGAAGAUAUGAUGAUGAUGGGCACACGACACCCAUUCCAUUUUAAAUAUAAAGUUGGAUUUAAAAAAAAUGGUUUGAUAGAUGUUGUGGAAAUACAUAUAUAUAAUAAUGCAGGAUAUUCUGUUGACCUCUCUCCAUCAAUAUUAGAACGUACAAUGUUUCAUUUUGAGAAUGCCUACAGAAUACCAGUAGCACAUGCAUACGGUUAUUUAUGUAAAACAAAUUUACCUUCUAAUACUGCUUUUCGUGGUUUCGGAGGUCCGCAAGGCAUGUUUGCUGCAGAAAACAUUAUUAGACAUAUUGCUGAAUUUUUGGAACUUGACGCUCUAAAGGUAGCAGAAUUAAAUAUGUAUAAAGAGGGAGAUCUAACUCACUAUAAUCAACAGCUUCUUCGUUGUACUUUAGAUCGUUGCUGGAAAGAAUGUUUAACUUCGGCUCAUUAUAAUGAAAGAAAAAUUGCAGUUGAAGAAUUUAAUAAACAUCAUAGAUAUAAGAAAAAAGGAUUAGCUGUUGUACCUGUGAAAUUUGGAAUUUCAUUUACUACUUUAUUUUUAAAUCAAGCCGGAGCACUUGUUCAUAUAUAUACUGAUGGUUCUGUUUUAAUUAGCCAUGGUGGAAUUGAAAUGGGACAAGGCUUACAUACGAAAAUGAUUCAAGUCGCAAGCAGAGUAUUAAAGGUAAAUCCAAAAAAGAUCCAUAUUGUUGAAACUGCUACAGAUAAAGUACCAAAUACUUCUGCCACUGCUGCAAGUUGUGGAUCUGAUUUAAAUGGCAUGGCUAUCAUGUAUGCAUGCAAUGAUAUUAUGAAACGAUUAAAACCUAUAAUUGAUAAUGAUCCAAAUGGCACUUGGGAGGAGUGGAUAAAGAAGGCAUAUUUGAGUAGAAUCAGUCUUUCGGCAACUGGAUUCUAUCAAACUCCAAAUAUUGGCUAUUCUUUCAUAACUAAUUCAGGAAAUCCCUAUAAUUACUUUACUUACGGCGUUGCUUGUACAGAAGUAGUGAUCGAUUGUCUUACAGGUGAUCACCAAGUACUGAGAACAGAUAUUGUGAUGGAUGUAGGAGAAAGUAUAAAUCCUGCUAUUGACAUAGGUCAAAUCGAAGGUGCCUUCACACAAGGUUAUGGAUUAUUUACAUUAGAAGAAUUGAUGUAUUCUCCAACUGGAUAUCUUUAUAGUAGAGGACCUGGAGCAUAUAAAAUACCAGGAUUCACUGAUAUACCACAAGAAUUUAAUGUUUCAUUAUUAAAAGGAGCUCCUAAUCCUCGAACUGUUUAUUCAUCAAAAGCUAUUGGAGAACCACCUCUGUUUUUAGCAUCAUCUGUUUUCUUUGCUAUUAAAGAAGCAAUUAAAGCUGCACGUGCAGAUAUGAAUAUCUAUGGUCAUUUUAGAUUAGAUUCUCCUGCAACUGCAGCACGUAUUCGUACAGCGUGUGUGGACAAUAUAAUAAUGAAGAUUCCAGAACCCAAUCUGAAUGUACAAUGGAAUAAAAUUCCAUAA